AAAUUGUAGAAACAAUAAAAUAAAAUGUUUUUAUUACAUAAAAGAGCCAUUUAAACCAAACAUGGUACUUUUUCAGCAUUUGACAGGGGGCUUGACUUGAUGAAAUAAUGUACAUUUCUGGUUAUGUGAUUUUCUAUAGCUAUUAGUCUUCCCUAGCCUCUCUUCCAGUAAGAUAUAAAUGGUUGGGAUUAGUCUGAAGCAUCAUUGUGAGACUAAAUUGACAAAUUAUUUUGCACAGUAUAUGGGUAAAAAGUAGGAGCCCCCUAUGCACUCAUACAGUCACCCUAUCUUCCCACAUCUAAGGAGACACUGGACACAUGAAAGCUACAGGGAUCCUGCCUGAAAGUCAAGGGUUUCUCAAGAAGUCCUUCAGAACAAUAUUGGUUUCCUUCUCCAUGGUACCAGAUUUCGUAAAACCUAAAAGAGACAGUAAAACAAAGUAGCUAAAACAGCAGGUGUUAAAUAAUAAUCACUGAAUAAAAAGUAGAAAAUAAGUAACAACAAACCAAAGUUUAUUGUUCUUUUGACCCAACUAUGGCUCACUGCAUUAGUCUCCCUUUAUUCAAGUUUCCAAUUCUUAUGUUUUUGGUAGCUCACGGUCAACAUAUUAAAUGAACAUAUUAAAUGAAAAAUUCUAGUGAGAAACAACUCGUGUUUUGAAUUUCACUCCCUUCUGACUAGCAUUAUUAAAUCUCAUUCCAUCACUUUUCACCUUGCCUUUGAGAUGAACCUUCCCUUUGUCCGGAGCAUCCACACCAUACUAUCCUCUAGUCAUCUCUUGGCAGCUGUUUUAGUUAUCAGGUUGGCAUGGAUCCCAAGGUCUCCUCCGAGAAUCAUCAGGAGAUCCUCAUGGAAGAGGAAGAUGAACCAAGAAAAGAGCCCAAAGAUGGUGGAGCUGAUGACCCAGAACACCUUGGGUCCUGCAAUAUUAUGGCAGAAGAUAGCCAAAUACAGAAGCAGCUGGAAUUACAAAAUAGUAGCUUAGACGAAGGAUUUGUGGUACGUUCCCUGGAGAAUGAGGCCCAAAAUAUAAUGGAAAGCCUAAGCCCGAGGAAAUAUUCAUCCAGUCUGAAGUUUAAAGCCAAUGGGGACUAUUCUGGCUCAUAUUUAACCCUUUCACAACCUGUGUCUUCCAAGAGAAGCCCUUCUCCAUUGGGUACCAGUGUCAGGAGCAGUCCCUCCUUGGCCAAAAUCCAGGGAAGCAAACAGCUCUAUGAUGGAACUGACAAAAAUAUUUCAAUGAAACCUCCUACUUCAUUCUUUAGCUCUGCAGCCUCUCUUGGCAGCUAUCCACUUGGAAGAGCAGAUCUGGAUCACUGUACCGGUCGGGACAGUGAGAGGUCCUCCCGACUCUCAGAGAAGCCUCCCUAUUCCAGAUACAGCUCUAGGAAUAAAUCACACGACAACGUCUACUUUCUCGGGGGGCUGGAAGGAAGAAAAACAUCUGGCUCGCUCCUGACCAUGUGGAAUGGAGGUUCCUUGAGUGGAGCCGGCUCCACGCCCAUCAGCAGAUCUGGGGCAGCGAGCAUGCCUUCAAGCCCAAAGCAAGCCAGGAAGAUGAAGCUUCAGGACAACUUGACACUUCAGCCCAGGUUAACCAGGCACAAGGAGCCAGCCUCUGAAAACGUCACUGUGAGAGCCAGAAAGUAUUCGGGGAGCAGCCUGGGUAAUAUGGGUGCCUACAGCAGAUCACUUCCCAGGUUGUACAAAGCCUCAGACAACCAGAUGUCGCCUCUCAGCUUGCCUCCGAGAAACUCCCUGGGCAAUUCCAAACGAGGUCAGUUAGGGGAAAAAGAUCUACCUCAUAGCAUAGUAGAUAAUGACAAUUACCUUAACUUUUCUUCUUUAAGCUCAGGGGCUUCACCCUAUAAAGUCGCUCUGUCAGAGGGAAAUUCUUAUGUAAGCUCCGCCCUCAGUGUCCCUGCCAGCCCUCGAGUGGCCAGGAAGAUGCUCCUAGCCUCCACCUCCUCUGAUGACUUUGACAGGGCCUCAUACUCAGGGACCAGCCCAAGUCAUUCCUUCAUUUCUGGAGAACCAGACCGAGCCCUUGUGGGCAGGAGGAACUUCUCCUGUGGAUCUAUGGAGUUUGAUGACUCCGAUCUGGAGAGCCUAAGACAGUCCUCAGAAACUCCACAGCCUGUCCUUCGAGAACGGAAAAGUAGCAUCAGCUCCGUGUCCGGACGUGAUGACCUGAUGGAUUAUCACCGACGGCAGAGGGAGGAGAGACUCAAGGAGCAGGAGAUGGAGCGACUGGAGCGGCAGAGGCUGGAGACCAUCCUCAGUCUCUGUGCUGAAUACACAAAGCCGGAGGGUCGCCGUCUGUCCGCUGGCACCACGGUGGCUGAUGUGCAGAAAAUCAACAAGGAGCUUGAGAAGCUGCAGCUGUCGGAUGAGGAGUCAGUGUUCGAGGAGGCUCUGGUGUGCCCCGAAGCCAGAUACAGAUGCCACCGGAAGGGCUCCGUCCAGGAUGUUGACAUUGCGGGCUUCGGGAGCCUCGGUCACAGUGCCAGCUUCCUGGCGGCCUCCAGGAGCGGCAGGAAUGAUGAUCUGCUUGGUGACCUCACCAGAACGCCCCCACCAUCCUCGGCUGCGUUUCUGAAAGCAUCCAAUGAGUCCUCCUACCUCAGCAUCCUACCUAAGACCCCAGAGGAUAUAGGUGAGGAACACAGGACUCAGGAGUUGGCCGCCAUGGAAGAUGCCCGGAUGGUUAUUCUGAACAACCUUGAGGAAUUUGAACAGAAAAUCAAAGAUAUAAACGACCAAAUGGAUGAAUCUUCCAGAGAGCUGGAUAUGGAAUGCGCCCUUUUGGAUGGAGAGCAGAAGUCUGAGACGGCUGAGCUCAUGAAGGAGAAGGAGAUUCUAGAUCAUCUAAACCGGAAAAUCACAGAACUAGAAAAGAACAUCGUAGGUGAAAAGACCAAGGAGAAGGUAAAGCUUGAUGCUGAGAGGGAAAAACUAGAGAGGCUUCAGGAGCUGUACUCCGAGCAGAAGACCCAGCUGGACAAUUGUCCUGAGUCCAUGAGGGAGCAGUUACAGCAGCAACUCAAGAGGGAUGCUGACCUGUUGGAUGUUGAGAGCAAACACUUUGAAGACUUAGAGUUCCAGCAGCUUGAGCAUGAGAGCCGUCUGGAUGAGGAGAAGGAGAACUUGACUCAGCAGCUGCUGCGGGAGGUGGCAGAGUAUCAACGGAACAUCGUGGCUAGGAAGGAAAAAAUUUCUGCCUUGAAAAAGCAAGCCAGUCACAUCGUUCAGCAGGCUCAGAGGGAACAAGAUCACUUUGUGAAAGAAAAGAACAAUCUAAUAAUGAUGCUCCAAAGAGAAAAGGAGAAUCUCUGUAAUCUGGAAAAGAAGUACUCCAGCCUGACCGGUGGGAAAGGAUUUCCCAUUAACCCCAAUACUCUGAAAGAGGGCUAUGUCAGUGUAAAUGAGAUUAAUGAGUCAUAUGGCAAUUCCACGAAUCUAUCCCCUUCCACUCAGUUCCCCGCUGAUGCUGCCGCUGCUGUCACUGAGCCUGCCUCGGCUGUGCCGGUGAGCCAGCCCCAGAGUUCAGAGCACUUUAGAAGUCUGGAAGAAAGGAAAAAACAGCACAAAGAAGGCCUCUAUCUGAGUGACACUUUGCCUCGAAAGAAAACCACACCUUCUCUCUCCCCUCACUUCAGCAGUGCCACAAUGGGGAGGAGCACCGCCCCGAAGGCUCACCUGCCUCUGGGACAGAGCAACAGCUGUGGUAGCGUGCUUCCUCACUCGCUGGCAACCAUGACCAAGGACUCAGAGUCUCGGAGGAUGCUCAGAGGAAGAAUGAAUUCCUCAGCAGGAACAAUUAAUAAUUCCAAAAGUUCAAGUGUAAAAGGUUAUAAUCACCAGCAGAUGAGUGAAGGACAAAGACCGAAACCUGAAUUUUACAGCCGCACAGCAUCUGAAUCGAAUGUCUACUUGAAUAGCUUCCAUUACCCAGAUCACAGCUACAGGGACCAGGCCUAUGACACAUUGAGCCUGGACAGCUCGGAUAGUAUGGAGACCAGCAUCUCUGCCUGCUCACCGGACAAUAUCUCCAGUGCCAGCACAUCCAAUAUUGCCAGGAUAGAAGAAAUGGAGAGACUCUUGAAACAGGCUCACGCGGAGAAGACGAGGCUGCUUGAAUCCAGGGAACGGGAAAUGGAAGCCAAAAAACGAGCUCUAGAAGAAGAAAAACGACGCCGAGAAAUCCUGGAAAAACGACUGCAAGAGGAAACCAGCCAAAGGCAGAAGUUAAUAGAAAAGGAAGUGAAAAUACGAGAGAAACAAAGGGCACAGGCUCGUCCUCUGACUCGCUAUCUGCCUGUCCGGAAGGAAGACUUUGACUUGCGGAGUCAUGUGGAGACUGCAGGCCACAAUAUUGACACCUGUUUUCACGUGUCAAUCACAGAGAAGACCUGCCGAGGAUACCUCAUCAAAAUGGGUGGAAAAAUUAAAACGUGGAAAAAACGCUGGUUUGUUUUUGAUCGGAAUAAGCGAACAUUUUCUUAUUAUGCAGACAAGCAUGAGGCUAAAUUAAAAGGAGUGAUAUACUUUCAGGCCAUUGAAGAAGUGUAUUAUGAUCACCUCAAGAAUGCUAAUAAGAGUCCUAAUCCAUUACUCACCUUUAGUGUCAAGACACAUGACAGAAUCUACUACAUGGUGGCCCCCUCACCGGAAGCCAUGAGGAUCUGGAUGGAUGUUAUAGUGACUGGAGCAGAAGGAUAUACUCACUUCCUGUUGUAGUGAACUUCAGUGGAGGUCCACUUAAGGCCAGACUGCAAUAGUUUCCUACAGGAAUGAAGCCAUAUCCAGUCUCAGAUGGAAAGGCCUAACACACCCAUCCAACCCUUUAGCUGCGUGCACUCAGAACUCUUUUUAUACUGGGGAGCCUUUCAUAAAAAAGAAAGCAGGGCUUAGAGUGAAGGAACUGGAGCUCCCAUGACAAAAGCAAAAACAAAACACUAUUUUGAUAAAAAGCGUCACGUAGAUGCACAUUUCUCAUAAACCUUUUCUUAAUCCGUUGAUGUUGGUUAAAUAAACUGAACGGUUUACACGAUGUCUGUAAAUUUGUAUUUAGAAAUAUGAGAUUAUUUUAGCACCCAGAUCAUUGCCAUUGUUAGUCAACUGCCUUCUUUGUAGGUAGCAGCAUUUUAUAAAAAUAGGCAAAUAAUGACUUAGAAGGCAGUAGGUUUUAGACAUUUUGCCUUAAUUUUUAAAUACUGCACCAAAACCAAAGACUUGGCUUGACUCUUGUUUAACAUCAGUGUUACUCUCUAAAUACUCUUUAAAGUGGAAUUUUGAUUUGAUGCUAUUUCUAUAGUACCUCCCCCGCCACACACACAAGCUACUGUGCAAAUACAGUAACCACUUUUUUAAAAGAGUCAAAAAUUAAAAGCUCCUUGUUUUAAGAAAAGGCUGUAUCAGACAACAUCAGGCAGUUUUAAUUAAGGAGAGUAUUUAGUGGGAGGAUCUUUUUCUAUUGAAGAUCUGUCCAUUCCUGGUACUGAGAAUAAAAGCAACCAGUAGCCAAUUAAUUUCCUUUAGACUAUCAGAUUCCUCUUGCUUACGGGGCAAACCUGUUAACUACACUCUCACAUGCCAAAGUUCUGAAACCAUCCGUUUCACUGAAAAACAGAAUAAUUAAAAUACCUUUUUCUCAGAAGACAACCAAACUUCAACAUAAUGCUCUCUAUGCUAUACCUUCUUACAUGUAUCUUUACAAGUAGCCUUUGUUUUUAGAGGUUUUUGUCAUUGUUGUUGAGUGAGAUGACUUCGGGAAAGUCUCUUUUAUAAUCAUUUUUCAAGUGCCAUUUAUUUUAGUUUUUGUAUUUUAUGUGUAAGUAUGAACGAACUCUUUCCGAACACAUGCCAAAUGGAUAGAAAUAGAAAAUAAUGACGUUACUUACUCAUACAAGUGAAGUGACUAGCAAUGUUUCCAUAAAAUUUUGUCAGGCCUGACUGGGUACAGUUUUUUUUUUUUUUAAAGCUUACAGUGUACUUUUAUACCUGCAUACAUGUUACCGAUAAUACGAUUUUGCAACUGGAUGAUGCAAGGUUUUACUUGAAUAAUGAGGGACAAAGAUCAUGACUGUAGGAGGUAUUUUUUUUUUUUGUCUGUGAUUUUUGCAGCCGUCCCCCUUCAACUCUAGUGAUCUAAAACAUUAACAUGCAAUUGCUAAAAUUUGGUUGGUUGUUGUAAAGAUUUGUCUGUACUGUACUUUCAUCUGUACUGUACUUUCCUCACAGGAUUAUAAGGGUGUUCUAAUCAAUUUGCAUGCCAUAAACCUUUUAGUUAUCUGUGUGUUAAAUGUAUGGAGUUUGGAUUAAAGUGUUGACUUGAUUUCACAUUUGAA